AACCACUCAUCAUCAUUGUGCUUAUGAAUGGAAAAUAUGUCGGAAUCCAAUUUCGAAUCCUACCCACCAUUUUUUCGCCCACCGAUUGCCUCACUGGAGGAGGGCUUUUUUGACUUGGAAAAACCCACCAAACAAACCCUAGACCUACCUGUAAUCGACCUUGAGUGCAUAGACCAUGACAGGCUGAGUGAGGCCUGUAAAGAUUGGGGGGUGUUUCGUUUGGUCAACCAUGGAAUUCCAGUCACCCUAUUGAACCAACUUCAUGACCAUGCCAAGAAGCUCUUUUUUCUUUCCUUUGAGUCCAAACAGGCCCUCUUCACCAAUCCCAUAGCCUACUUUUGGGGUACCCCUGCCCUUACCCCAUCUGGCGGGGUUGCCCUACAGAAAGGUCCACAGCCCCAACAUGUCAACUGGAUGGAAGGCUUCAAUGUUCUUCUCCGUGAACUGUCACAUCUUCAAUAUGACGAUCCACUGCUCGAUUCUUUCGGGCUUCUGUUGGAAGAAUAUGGAAGGCACCAAUCCAGAGUAGCUACAAGAAUAUUUGAAGCCAUGGCAGAGAACCUCAACAUGUGUCUGAAACAAUCGGGGUCUUAUCUCUCACCGGCCACCGGACUGGCACGAGUCUACCGGUAUCCAUGUUGCCCUGAGCCUAACCGAGCAUGGGGCAUGGACACCCACACUGACAGCUCAGUGAUUUCCAUAUUAAACCAAGACAAAGUAGGAGGACUUCAAUUUCUCAAGGACGAUAAGUGGAUCGAUGUACAGCCCAUUCCCAACACCCUAGUCAUCAAUCUUGGAGAUAUAAUGCAGGCAAUGAGUGAUGAUAAGUACAAGAGUGUGAAGCAUAGGGUGAAGGUGAACAAGCAUGAGGCCAGAAUAUCAAUAGGCUACUUCGUGUUCCCUGCGGAGGACUUUGUGAUUCGAAGCUCAAAGUACAAGCCAUUUACAAAUGCUGAUUUUCGAGCACAAACCCAACAAGACUUGAGGACUGUCGGGUUUAAGGUUGGGCUCGACAGGUUCAAACUCACUUAGGCCUGUUCACUUCUAUUGGGUUCGGCCCUCUUGUUUUUUUUUUUUUUUUUAAAUCCGAAAGAAAAGGCAGACUUUUGUUAUAUAACUUUUGUUAAUAUUGUACUUUAUUUGGUAAAUUAGUUGUGUUGAUCCGAAAGCUACUA